CAAUGACGGGAGAAAUUAAGCGCCCUGAGCAGUUACGUCUCAAGUGGGAAAAUUUAAAGAAAGCUGCCAGAAAACGUAAUGCACUCAUACGACAAAACAAUAUCAAGACAGGUGGUGGAAAGACCUACAUCCCUCCAGAUGAGGCACUGGACCGAGUAGCAUCCAUGCUAGGUGCAUCAUGUACUGGGUUCACAGUGGAGUUCGGCGGUGAUAGGGAGGAACUAGUUGAAAUACAAAAUGUGGAAAUUUUAGACGUUCAGCCUGAUGAGACAAACAAAGAUGAGAAUGAGGUGGUGGGUAGUUUAGAGGCAGUUGGUCAUUUGAAGCAUACUCCUAAAAAAUUUGUUUUUAACACACCUAAAAGUGGCCAAAAUAAAAAACGAAAGCUCUCUCAGGAACUUCAGAGAGCUCAAUGUGAUAAGGAGCAAGCAAUGGCGGCUUAUUUUCGAGCCAAGGCAAAAAAAGUGGAGCUUGAAACAAUCAAAUUACAAUUAGAAAUAGAACAAUUAAAAAAUAGUGUUAAGUGAUAAUUGAUUUGAUGAUUAUAAUUGAUUGAUUGUGAUGUUUAUACGUAUAGUGGCACUCCUUUUUUUUCAACUUUAUAUUAAUAAAUUAUUGGGAUCUAAAA